AGUUGAGUGGAUUUAUCCCCUUCAAAAUGGUAAACAGCCAUGACAGAAUGAUGAUAAACACCUGAGAUGGGCUUUCUGACCUAUUGUAUCAUAGAUUAAUUAAUUAUUUAUAGGUGAGUUCAGAGAUUUUACAAUAUUUAUGGACAUAUGAUACAUGUACAUGUAUUAAUAGGGUUACCAUUAGGCUGACUAUAGAACAUUUCUUAUAAGUGGCCUACUGUACAUGUAUAUUCUUAAAUGGUUUCAUCAGUUGAAUAAUUGAACUUCUGACCGAAUAUUCCAAAACAAGCAUCUGGAAUAAAAUAAAAUUCCGAUCUUCACCAUCUCGAGUCAGUUUCUCUGGCACUUUCCUGUUAAAAAGAAAGAAGUAAUUCAGGAUAAUUCGAUUUAUGUCGCAUUAUAGGAGGAAAAGCAAAUAUGCGUAAGCAAGUUUGAACAGAGACAGGAUCGUAAGAUUGAGAAUUCACCUGGUUAGGUCGACAAAUAGUUCAUCAGCAGUUUAAUGGUGACUGGUUGUGUCUUUUUGUGCUCUGAAAUUCUUGCUAUUCUUCUGCUGUUUUGCUGCUACAAAACAGCAAACACGAGACUCCCAGCAAAAGUAAGUAAGGCAUUUCCAAGUCGUCCUACAUUUAAUGUGGCUGAACUGCAAAAUGAUAUCAAUACGGCCAUGAUUAUGCCAAUGCUUACCAGCCGCCAUCUUGGAUCUACACGUGGUCUAAGAGUAAAGCACUUCCUUUCUUCAAGAGUCAAUUAUUACACAAACACAAUUACCAGUUUCCAGAUUGCCCGACUCUUAAUUUCUGAGGAUAUUUGUCCAAAUCCAGGGCCUAAUCCAAUAACAAAUUGCUCAAUCUGUACACGAACCAUAGGUCGAAACCACUGAGCAAUAAGCUGUGACUUGUGCACUUUGUGGUGCCACAUCAACUGUGGAAAUGUGAAUCCCGCCAAUAUAAAUGGAUGAAACUGGCCGAUGAUAUUUAUUGGACUUGUCCUCGCUGCCUUUUAUCUGCGUUACCUUUUGCUGUUAGUAAUAUUGAGCUUGUCAACAACCUCUCCAUAGUGAACUCCACACAGACCACUGAAACCAUGGGCCAACUACUUCACUCUGCAAACACCUGCUCUCCAAAGCCUGCCUAUGGAUCAGGAAAGUUUCGAUGCUUACUUGCUAAUGCUAGAUCACUAAGAAACAAAUUGCUGGAUUUUCAAGCUGCAGUUUAUGGUGCAGACUUUGAUAUCAUCGCCGUAACUGAAACAUGGUUAAAUUUGUGUAUCUUAGACCAUGAAAUCCUUCCCUCAGGAUACCAGUUGCACAGGAAAGAUCGCCAGGAUCGUCGAGGUAGAGGAAUUCUGUUUGCAUCACGAAGUGAUCACGUGGUAAUCAGAAGAAACGAUCUGGAGACUGACUGUGAGCUAAUGUGGAAUGAACUACAAACUGCCUCUGGUCUUAAGAUUUUGUUUGGUACCUUUUACCGUCCCCCAAAUACUGGUAAAGACUACCUACUUCUCCUUCAAGAAUCCUGCUCCCGUAUAAACUACUUCAAUUUCAACAAGAUUUGCCUUGUUGGAGAUUUCAAUCUACCCAACUUUGACUGGAUAAAUCAGAUUCCUCUCUCUUCUGAUCAACUAUACCUAAAGACCUAUGAAAUCACGAAUGACCUAUUCCUCACUCAAGUAAACACAUUUGCUACCCGUGAUAAAAACAUUCUGGACCUGGUUCUAACUUCCAUGCCUAACUUAGUUACUGAUCUGUCCAUGAGUGAAGGGUUUCUUACAUUCUGACCACCUCAGCAUAUCCUUCAAUAUCUCUACCAAACCAACAUGUACCAGAGCUAUGGCAAAAGAAAUCCUAAAUUUCAAAAAAGCAGAUAUGGAUGAACUAAAGAAAACCCUGUUCUACAUACUGUGGCAUGUUGCUAUGUUAGAUGAUGACAUAAACAUGAAUGUAAUCAAGUGGGAGGACCUUUUCUGGGCAGCAGUAAAUGAAUUUGUUCUUUGCAAAAGGGUCAGGGACAAGCAGACACCCCCCUGGAUUGACCCUGAAGUAAAGGCACUGUGCAGAAAGAAGGACAAGGCCAGUUGAACAGCUUUGACAACCAAAAACCAAGACCAUAUAGACAAUUUUAAAUAUCUGAGAAGAAAUGUAAAGAAACUGAUCCACAAAAAAUACACUGACUACCUUCACAACCUCGCUGAUUCAGUGGAAAAAGAACCAAAAAAGUUUUGGAGCUUUUAUAGCAUUAAAACAAAAUCCAGAAAACUCCCACUGGCUAUCAAGAGAAACAAAGAUGACAUAAACCCAGUCACUGCAUCUUAAAGAAGAGCAAAUCUCUUUAAUGAUUACUUCCACUCAGUUUACAGACACACCAGUGCUGAGCCCCCACCACCAGGAUCCCAUCCUGUUGUACCUAUUCACAAACUUUCAAGUGUGGCUGUAUCUGCUUCUGAAGUAAAAUCCAUCCUCAACAAUCUGGAUGCAUCAUAAAGCCCCCGACCAGAUGGAUUAACUGCAAGGCUACUUAAGAGCAUAAAUCCGAAAAUUUCGAGAAUCGGCCGACAGAAGCAAAAUGACGAAUUUUUUCUUAUUUGACCAAAAGAACCCUUUUGGUGAACUAUUUUCAGAGAUGAUAUCAAAAGGUUCGAUUUCCUUUUCCUUUCUUCAAAAUUUGCAAAAGUUGAAAAUUCGGCCACAGGGUCUUCAGCGGCAGGCCUGAGGCUUGAAAUUUGGCACAUGUUUGACAUGCUCAUAUGGAUGUACCAAACAUUGUCUUAACAUGUCCUUUACACAGCGUGUGGGGCAUCUCUUAAACUUUACUGGGGACUAAAUUUUGUUUAAAAAUGUUUCCUUUUACAAAAUAGUUGAACUUCGGAAGCUGAACCAUUUACGGACCUAAAGUCAUAAGGCCAAUAUUAGCAAACUUUGAACUUGUCAAAUGCUCUCUGUUAUAUUACAGUCAAGUAAAAAAAAUAUAACCAAAUCAAAGCAGGUUCUUUAUUCUACUCGCCGGGAAAAAAUUACAAGUGGCCCGUAAAAACUGUUCCGUUGAAAGAAUUUUCUGUGAGGUCACUUUAACGCAUAUCUCCCUUAAUGAAUUAAUUGUUAAUUUUUGCGCAAUUGUUAUUCUUUCCGACCUUUAUUUAUUUUGUACAUUUCCACUAAAUCUUUCAAGGUAAAGAAUUGAAAUAACUUCAAGAUAAGUUCAAACACGUUUUUACAACUCAGCUUAUCAAUGGGCCAAUCUGUUUGUUUUUUCAAUAGCACUAGUCCUUUAUCAGGAGUCAUGCAAACUAUUUCACACAGUAGGGAGCUUGACUCUGGCUUUGAUGGAUCCUUUUUGACAUGGAUCUUAUGCAAUAUAACUAAUACUUUUGCUACAACGAGUACAGAUAGCCAAUCAAGCAAUGGAAAUACAAAAUCCGUGAACUGUGAAAGGGAUUUUUUUAAACACAGACAACGAUCAUAAUUUAAUCGAACAAGGAACGUCGCGUUUAACUUUACAGUAUCACUACCAUUAGUAAACACUUGCCU